GUCAACACAUAAUGAACUGGAAAAGAACAGACGAGCUCACCUGCGGCUGUGUCUAGAGAGGUUGAAGGCCCUCAUACCUCUGGGACCUGACUGCAGCCGCCACACCACCCUGGGCCUACUUAACAAAGCCAAAGCACACAUAAAGAAACUUGAAGAGGCGGACAGGAAGAGCCAGUACCAGCUGGAGUCUCUGGAGCGGGAGCAGAGGCACCUACAGCGUCAGCUGGAGCUGCUGAGGGGGGGCAGCGGUGCUGCAGUCCAGAGCAGCCUGGGGGAGGGCGAGAGGAUACGCAUGGACAGCGUUGGCUCCACCCUCUGCUCUGACCGCUCUGACUCUGACCAAGAGGAGAUCGAGGUGGACGUAGAAAGCACGGAGUUCUCCCAUGGAGAGCUGGACAGUGUGAGCACAGCCAGCACCAGCGACCUGGAUGACCACAGCAGCCUGCAGAGCAUGGCCAGUGACGAGGGCUACUCCUCCUGCAGUGUCAAACUUGCCUUUUCCUCCUAAAGCCACCACCUCCAGCCCUGCCAAACCUGCCUGCCCUGCUGUCUGUUUCUCCAUCCAGCCAUGCUGUCACCUGCGACGGCGGCCUGACAAACCACCGAUCCCACUGUCCACCACCUCCAAGCCCCUCGCUGCCGCCGCCGACUCGUUUUAAUUUCAGCACACCCUGCGGUUGGAGGAGCUGGACUUUGAGCCACCCCGACCAAUACUGGUACCGGAGACCCCCCCAAAGUAGUGAUACGAGACUGCCAACCGGUUCUUUUAAAGGGAGAUCAGAUACUUCAUGUGUUCACGACAGAAAGAAGUCGUUCGUUUUUACUUGUUCCUUUAUGAAACGUUUGAGUUUUUGGAAGUUUUUAGAAGAUUGACAGCCCCUAAUUUACCUCCCAGUGCACUUCUGCAGAAGUUAUUCUUUAAUGUGGACCUGAUGCUUUUAAAGUCUCUGCUGUGGGGCUCAGAUAAACGUGAACUGGUUUAACACUGGGGUGAAUCUUGCCAUAUCAAUCCAGCUUGGCCUUGAAAAUCAUCCCUGCAGCUCUAAAUAUAAUUCUUGUCUUAUCGUUUAUUUAUUUAUUUUAUUUUUUUUGUUUACUUCAUGAUCUUGACACCACAGAGGCUUGGACUCCUAAAUUGGUGCUACCGUGACACAAAGCAACCGACGAGGCAGCAGGUCAGAUCCACCACAGCCGGGCUCUUAAAGCAAACCCAGCCCGUCUGAUUGUUUUUAGCCCAGCAUGAAAGGAAACAGCCGCCAAUGUGGAGGACUAUAUUUAAAGAAGAAAAAGAAAACAUUCCUGCCCUAAUGUUGGUUCAUUUUCGGAAAGUGAAAAUUGUAAUUUUGUGCGUGCGUGCGAGUUUCGUUUCGUUUUCUCUCCCCCCACCAGACAAGCAGCUACAACAAGCUACCCAACACUUGCCUUCUUUAAAGCUAUCCUUCAAAUAAGGCACAAACUGAGAAGAGAAAUAACACAACAGCAACAAGGAAAAAGUCCAAACGGCUACAAACUUUGGAAUAGAUGUACGUCCUUUUUCCAGCAGUAACAAGCAAUAACUCAUGUAGUUCAUGUCUUCAGUUGCAACUCCUAGUUUUUUCCUCUUCUACUUAAAGACUCGUGCUUGACCGUCCAAAACAAACAAUAACAAAUCAUUAUUUUUAUUAUUUUUUUUGUGCAUACACAUAGCUUAACAAAUGAAUCUUUAAAAAUGAAUUUCUUUAAAAAACAAAAACAAAAAAACAAGUAGAGCUCUGCCUCUGUUGCUGUUUGACUUGUGUUUAUUGUACAUUUUAAAUUCAAUAUUUAGGACAACGUUUAGCGGUGCGUUCACUGCCGUAUCCUCUUCACGGCGGCAGUGAAUGCACCUUUCCUUUGCUGGUUUGAGUUCCCACACCCCGAGAAGGAACGAGAGAGCCUGUGUAACUUUAAAAAAAAAAAAAAAAACACCCGAGCAGAUCGUCAUCCCCGUAGGAGUUGUGUUGGAGGGUGCAGAUUUUACGUGGCACUGCUUAUUGUUAUUUUUAAUUUAUUUGAUUUUUUUUUUCUCUUUUGUUUCUAUGACUUGUGCAUGUGGCAUUCCUCUGGCGCUCUGGUAUUUGACGUGUGGCGAGAAGAUAAAAAACAAACAAACAAACAAACAAAACUGGUUGUAUGAUGUCAAUAAUUGCCAAUAAUUUCACUGGUUUUGCUCUUCAACCACAGGUUUCUUUGUUUUCCUUUCCUCACGGUUGUGUGUUUUUUGUGUGUGUGGAAAGAAGAAAAAAAAAGAAGAACCCCUCCACCAUUUUGAAUAUUUAUUUCUCAGUCCCUUACAGAGCACAAGCAUUGGAGAAAAAGUUAACUUAUUUUGGUUUUGUCUUAUUUUACUCCUAUUUUUUUUAUUAAAUAUUCCUCAUUACUUAUUUGAAAAAAAAAAA